CACGAGGGCACCCUGUAAUAAUGGAAUCUUGGGGCCUUCAGUGCGAGGGGGCGUGGACCGGGCGGGGCCGGACGCCUUAAUCUGGGGCGGGCACAGUUCCCCGCCGCACAGACCAUGGCGGGAGCCGCACUGGGGCAGAUCUGGGCCCGAAAACUUUUCUCUGUCCCUUGGCUUCUGUGUGGGCCCAGAAGAUAUGCCUCAUCCAGCUUCAAGGCUGCAGACUUGCAGCUAGAAAUGACACAGAAGCCUCAUAAGAAGCCCGACCCCGGUGAGACCCUGGUGUUUGGGAAGACGUUCACCGACCACAUGCUGUUGGUGGAAUGGACGGAGAACAAGGGCUGGAGCCAGCCCCGAAUCCAGCCCUUCCAGAACUUCUCGCUGCACCCAGCCUGCUCGGCUCUUCACUACUCACUGCAGCUCUUCGAGGGCAUGAAGGCGUUCAGAGGCAGCGACCGGGAGGUGCGCCUCUUCCGACCCUGGCUCAACAUGGACCGUAUGCUGCGCUCCGCCCUGCGCCUUUGCCUGCCGAGUUUCGACAAGGAUGAGUUCCUGGAGUGCAUCCGCCGGCUCGUGGAGGUGGACAAGGACUGGGUUCCGGACAGCCCCGGCGCCAGCCUCUACGUGCGCCCGUUGUUCCUUGGGAACGAGCCCUCGCUAGGGGUCUCCAGAUCUACGAGAGCCCUUCUGUCCGUCAUUCUCUGCCCUGUGGGCUCCUACUUCCCUGGAGACGCUCUGAACCCUGUCUCCCUCCUGGCGGACCCAGCAUUCAUCCGCGCCUGGGUGGGCGGGGUCGGAGACUGCAAGCUGGGGGGGAACUAUGGGCCCACAGUGUUCUUGCAGCAGGAGGCGAAAAAUAAGGGCUGUGAACAGGUCCUCUGGCUGUACGGGCCUGACCAUCAGCUGACCGAGGUGGGCACCAUGAACAUCUUCAUCCACUGGACCCAUGAGGAUGGGGUGCUGGAGCUGGUGACCCCCCCGCUGGACGGUGUCAUCUUGCCUGGAGUGGUCAGACAGAGUCUGUUGGACAUGGCUCGGACCUGGGGUGAGUUCCGGGUGGUAGAGCGUAAGAUCACCAUGAAGGACUUUCUGCGGGCACUGGACGAGGGCCGUGUUCUCGAAGUCUUUGGCUCCGGCACCGCUUGCCAGGUGUGCCCGGUGAAUCGAAUCCUGUACCAGGGCAAGGACCUCCACAUCCCCACCAUGGAAAACGGGCCCGAGCUCAUCCUCCGCUUCCACAAGGAGCUGAAGGCCAUCCAGUAUGGAGGAAAAGCCCACGAGUGGAUGCUGCCGGUGUGACGCUGCGGACCGUGCCUGGCCACUGCGGGAUCCACCGGCCUGUAGCAUCUAAACCCAGCUGGUUCAUCACCACCUCUCCACCACUGGUUCUCCUCAAGUGCAAUAAGGAAAAGGCCGGGGGGGCCCGAACCUGGGUCUCUGGCGCCCCCUCGUGGUCGGUACACUCCCAAAGCCAUAAGGGCCGACCCAGGCAUCUGGGCCCAUAGCUCUGUCUCUCAGGCCUGGGGGAUUGGGUUCCCCGCUGCUCUGUGUGUUGAGGGGUCAAGUAAACUCCUUGGCCCCGACUCCGCACCUCUCUCCGUUCUGUUCUCAGGCUGGAUCUCCCAAGUGCUGCCCUUGAUUUUUUUUUUCUCUUCUUGCUGCAAUUUUGAAAUAAAAUACCAAAAACCAA